AUGUUGUUGAGGAAACAGAUCUGCUCGAGAUCAAUAUCAAUACUGACCGUGGAGGAGUUGUCGGAAGCUACAGUUGCGGAUCAGACCGUUGAAUUGUUGGUUCAAGGAUUGCGUAAUGGGAACACCGUUGAUCCAAGGAAUCGAUUCGGAAUUGAUCAAACGGAAUUUACACUUCAACAAAACUGUGUUAUGCGUGGAAUACGGGUGUACGUUCCACCGAGUCUUCGAGCAAAAGUUCUGGCUGAGCUGCACUCUACCCAUUUCGGCACUAGCAGAUUAAAAUCGUUAGCACGAGGAUACGUAUGGUGGGAAGGUAUCGAUAAGGACAUCGAGAAUUUGGUGCGGAAUUGUUGCUCCUGCCAGUCUUCACGACCUGAACCUGCCAAAGUACCAACACAUUGUUGGGAAACUCCAUGGAAGCCGUUCGAACGAGUUCAUGUGGAUUUUGCUGGGCCGUUUCUCAAUACCUAUUUCAUCGUGUUGGUGGAUGCAUAUACAAAAUGGCCAAAGGUGCGGAUAUUGAACGAUAUCACUACAGCUACAACAAUCAAAGUUUGCCGUGAAUAUUUUGCUACGUACGGUAUACCGGCGGUGCUUGUCAGUGACCAGAGCCCCCAGUUCACCUCUGACGAGUUCCAACGAUUUCUUAAGAUGAAUGGGGUUUACCACAAAAUGGGUGCACCGUAUCAUCAUGCAACGAACGGGCAAGCAGAACGGUUCAUUCAAACGCUUAAAGCAAAACUAAAGAGUUUGAAGUGCAAUAGAACGACCAUAGUUGGAGCUCAGCUUCCAAAUUGA